AUGGAGCCUUUGCCGUGCCACGCACGAGUGCUGGCCAGUGCUGUCCAAACGGAUCGCAUCAAGGAUGUCAUGCCAGUGCUGGCGCCGGUCUUGAAGGUGGUUUUCGUGUGCGUGUCACUCUUUGCCACCAACGAAUUGGUGCUCAAGCGAUUCUUUUGGCAGCUGGAGCAAGUCGAUCACAUCUUGUGCUCACAGGACAGUCUGCUCGAUUUUGUGUACGCUCGGAACUCAGCCAACGGCAUCAUCUACGUGGCCAGGUCCCAUGAUGCCGACGCCUGGACGGCGGACGAAGUCACCGUGUUGGAGGUGUCGAUGCUUGACAUUGAGCCCCGUUUCGAUUGGAAUCCUAGCAUCUUGGCCAAGCAGCAGGAGCUCCGCAACGGCGGCGUGGAGGACCCCCCCGCUAUCGUUCUCGGCCACUCGGCGGCGCUUGUCCAAGACACAGCGUUCGACGCCAGCAGCUACGACGCCCUCGAGGAGCUCGGCGACAGCCCGCUGCAGCUGGCGGCAAACAUCCUCGUGUGCCACGAUCUUGGCUCGAAGUCGGAGAGGCCCAGCUACCGCGCAGCCCUGCGGCAGCUGAUGGGCAACGCCAGCAUCAUAACUUGCGCUGAGGUUCCUUGGGGGUAUUGUGCCCGGCGCGAGAUGACGCAGCUCAGGGCGCUGUGCCCCGUGCGCUGCAACUGCCACGUGCCCCCGACGUACGAGAUCGAAGGCCAGAAGGCUCUCGCCGGCUUCUUCCAGAGUCCGCGAGGCGGGUGCCCGAAGUCGUGCCGGGCACAGCUGAUGACAUCCAACGAGUUGCGCUUCGUCAGAGGGGCCGCACCCAACUCGACUGGAGCGAACAGCACUGAUGGCAGGUGCGCAGAUGUUGAGCCAGAUGCAAUCAUCUUUGGCGGCGAUGGCAGCAUGAAGAGUUCAAAGGAGUGCCUUGUCAACGGGACCGUCGCCGCCGAAUGUGGCGGUUUGCCCCCAGACGCGUUCUGGUGGCUCUCGUUUGCAGCGGGCUUGUUCGAGCACCUCACGACCGACGUGGCAUUUCCAGACAUUGUCGAGGCCUCCGUGCAACUGGUGUUCCCGGACCUUAAAGACAGCAAGAGGCGUGAGCUUGCCAGGUGGAUCUCGAACGGGAGUUUGAUUGAAUCGUUCCUGGAUGGCCACUGGGAGCUGAUGCGCGACGUACCGCACCCGCGGAACCUGACUGGGUGCGACUACCUCGCAUCUUACGAGGUCAGGGUGUUGUUAAACGCCGACCUCUGCAGCGCGAGCGAGUUUUCCUCGAUCCAGUUCAUGUGCCCGGUCUCGUGCGGGUGCUCUCUCGGCAAGAUGUACAGGUCGUCUCCGUCGUCCGACGGCGUCCAGUUCACCCGUGUUGACGACAUCGUCAUGGUCAGUAACAGGUUGGAGGACCUGGGCUUCUGCCCUGCCGCGUGCCUGAUGACGCACCCGAGUAUCUCUGGAGAUUCCAGCUACGAUGCCAUCGGCGGCGACAGCGACAGCUCGGACGGCGCGGACGACGAGGACUACGGCAUGGACGAUUACUUCAACCAAUAUUACUACCACUACGAGGAGAAUGACGACUGCGCUAACCGCGGCUCUCAGUGGGCCACGGACGCCGCGGGGUUUACUUGCAAGCACUGGGCCUUUUUUCAUUGGGAGUGCACGGACUACUACGACGACACCGACUUCACUGUCUCUGAUUUGUGCUGUUGGUGCGGUGGUGGAGAUCGCUCUCUCUGA